UGGUUUAGAUCUUUUGAGUAGUUUUGGCUAUAUUCGGAUAUUUAUUUUUAGCUAUUUUUGAUAAUUUUUAGAUAUUAUCAACUAUUUUGGAUAUUUUUUUAUAUUAGAUCUAAAAAUAACAAAUUUAUUCAAAUAUAUUAUCAUGAUUCCAAAAUAUUUUGGUUCGGGUUCGUCUGCAUUAAAUUUUUGGAUCAUUUCGAAUAUUUGACUAGUUUCAGUUCGGGUUUGGUACAUACUACUUUUUAGAUCGUAUUUGGUUGGAUUUUUCGGACCAGGUAUUUUGCACAGUCCUAGAUGGAUUUAUAUAAGUGUGUGGUGGUAUUUUCAUAUUUCCAAGCAGAUAAUCCUGUGAUCAAAAUUUGGGGUGAGAAGCCGGUUUUUGCGCCUGGUAAGAAGGUGAUGAACCAUGUGGAUCUCGUUGAGAAUACCUUCAUUGCAGAUACUAAGAGAGGUUAGUAGCAGCAUUGGCUUGAACAGUUUUGGUCACCUUCUGAAUCCGUUUUUUGUUAAAGAUGAUGUUAUUGAACUCAGGUGCUGAAAUUGCUGGAGGAAGAGGUUAUUUCCUGAGAGGACAUGGUGUGCUACUUAACCAUAAGCUGUUAUCAACUUGGGGCUAGCCCAUUUGAUGAAGCGAGGAUACACCCCAUUGCAACUAUAUAUGUUCAGUAUAUAUAGUUGUACGGUUAAGCAAAAGGAAACUCAACCAAUACAAACCGGUUAUACUCUUAGCUUCUCUAUCCUUCAAGUCAUCGGCUGCUUGAACCAUCAGCUUGCACCUACAAAAACAAUGAAUGUAAGUAGGUCAAUAUCAUUAUCAACCAAAAGAGUCUGGAUCAAUAUUUAUUUCUGUUUUGUUAGUUUUAUAUUCUAUAUUUUAGUUAAGCCAGUUUUUUUAUGAGUCACUAAAAUUGUGAUGUUUUUACAAAAUAUUUAACUUUGAUUUAAUAUUUGUUUUUUUAAAUUAUAAUUUGAUUUUAAUUUGGUGUAGUUAAUUAGUUUAUUAUUGUUUAUAUAGAUAUUUUAAUUAUAGUUUUGUAUUUUUGUUUUAGUUUAUUAUUGAGGUUUAUGAAAUUUUGAAAAUGCAUAUAUCACUUAUAAAACUUAUAAGCUAACAAAAUCCCAAAAUUGAGGAGAAAAAAACAUUGUUUAAGACCAGUCUAAAAUUGCAUUAUUUAAAAUAUAACAAUAUAUUAAAAACAAUCAACUGAAGUGAAUAUUGAUCAUUUUAAUCAAAAUUGUUGAUCUAAAUAAUUCUUUUUUUUUAAACAACACACAUAAACGUAAUUUCAAAUAAUUUUUUUUUUUCAUUUUUAUUUAAAUAAGAUAAACUCGUUGGCCCUCAAAAACCUUUUUCUAGGGCUUUCUUCUAGUCUAUAAAUCGCCCCAAACAGAGAGAGAGAGAGAGAGAUUAGUUUUCUUUCUUGAGAGAUCUCUUCAGCUCCUAUGGCGUCAAACACCAGCCGUAAUUCCAAGCAAAGAAACGGACCUCCGCCGGGGAGAAAGAAGAAACAUAAGGUGAAUCAGCUUAAACCAGGUACGAGCGGUCACACUUUGACCUUUAAGGUCGUGGAUCAGUAUUCAGUUACUUCUUUCAUUAGACCUGGUCGGAUCGCUGAGUGCCUCGUUGGAGAUGAGACUGCUUCCAUCAUCUUCACCGCUCGCAACGAUCAAGUGGACUUGAUGAAGCCAGGAACUACUGUGAAUCUCCGGAAUACAAAGAUAAAUAUGUUCCACGGAUUCAUGGGGCUUGCUGUUAACAAAUUUGGUCGCAUCGAGGUCGUCACUGAACCAGCUGAUGACAUAACUGUUAAAGAGGACAACAAUCUAUCCCUUGUGGAGUAUGAGCCCGUCUAUCUCUAGACCCGUGUCUAAUAGGUUAUGUGUCAAUGAGUUUUGGCCAAAUGUUUUAUCUUAU